CUCUCUCUCUCUCUCUCGCAGAAAGACACACGGGGAUACACAGAGUCAUCCAGUCUCCUCUUCCCUGAGAGUGAGAGAGACUUUUCAAAGCGCCCCACCAAGGCCCGUCAUCACUUUCCCUCGCUUUGCUUCCUCAACACCGCAGCGAUGGCCACGUUGCGCCGCGGCCGGGACCGCCAGGCGCCGCGGCGGCGGCGGCCGACCGUCGCCGCCCUCGCCCUGCCCCUCGCCCUCGCGCUCUUCUUCCUCCUCCUCCUCCUCCUCCUCGCGCCGGCGUCGGCCAGGCCUGUCGCCCGAGACAGCGUCCCGGUAAUGCGCGAGGGACUCUCCGGCGGAAGAACAAGUGGGUCGUCGUCGGGGGCGGCCGCCGCGGCUCCUCGGAGGCGGAGGCGGCUCGCGGGGCCCGGUUCGGCGCCGCCGUCGUGCAGAUCGAGGUGCGGGGACUGCUCGCCUUGCCAGCCGGUUCACGUGCCGGUCCAGCCCGGUCUGGACACGCCGCCCGAGUACCAUCCGGAGGCCUGGCGAUGCAAGUGCGGGAACAAGCUGUUCAUGCCCUGAAACAGAGACACCCAAAAAAAUGGAAAAAAGAAGUGAAGUUUUUUAUUUAUUUCUUAUUUUAUUUUUAUUUUUUGGUGCAGUGUAGGGUAGUGUAAACUAUCUGGAAUUUAUAAUUAAAUAUAUGUAUCUUUUAGAAUUUUGUGAGACGUUGAUUUUUGGUCGGGACAGGGGAACAUAUUGGGAAUGCAAAGAUUUCCUCAGACGA